AUGUCGACAGAUUCAGUCCACAAAGAUGAUGUAGAGUGGCCUGUUCGUCGUGCCACGAUAGGGGAGUCGUCCUCGACCACCAGCGAACUCUCACCGAUUCCGGCUGUUGCUGGACGCACAAGGAGGAAGUCUAUCACCACCGCUUGCGAACGUUGCAGAAGAAGGAAGAUCCGAUGUGAUGGUAAUCAGCCGUGCGCAACUUGCGCGCGCUUCAUGGUCAAUUGUGUUCGUCCUAGCAAGCACAGAGAGAGAUUUGGACCAGAUCACUCGUUUAUAGAACACAGGGAGCAGCAAGCUGCCUUGGAAGAUCGAGUACGUCGUCUUGAGACUCAGCUCGCCGAGACAAGAAUGCAAUCGAAUUUGAAUGAUACGGAGGAUCUCUUCAGCGACUGGCAAGGGGAAGACGACGAUAUGUCCAUGCCUCAUUUAGGUCUUCGACUGGACACUGAUAUGAGCCAUCCGCAGCGUUCGUUCUCGUACGACGACCAGCUUGGAAACCCCUUUCUGGGGCAUUUGACGCCGACUGACAUCCCCAUGAUCGAGAUCACUGGGUGCGAGUCGCCGUUUCCUAGGCCAUUAUCUCCAUCGCCAUCUAUGCUCUCAGCGUCUGGGAUAUCCAGGACAUCUACUCCAGAUGCUUACACAGCGACAACGCCUGCUUCUCAUCCUGCUCACUUGGUCGCACCGAACCCUGCGGUCUCAAUAUCACCACCUGUCUCGCCUCAAGGUAGGGUCAACACCUGGGAUUUUGCUGGGAUGGACGACUUCUCGUCAUUUCUGAGUCCAUCUCUAGGAAUUGUAGAAGAGGGCAUGUCCCGGAGAUCUUCGAUCUCGUCAUUGGGGCUUGACCAAGAUCUGAGUGCGAUGAAUCUGGCUUUCCCCGACUUCUUCGACAAUAGCCAGCUGUAUGGGCAAAGUACUGGGACGUUCACACAGCUGCAUCAUUCUCCACCGCAGAUGCCAUCUAGAGAUACUGGAUCCCACGAGCCAUACCGUCAUGUAGCCUUGUCUAAGCCGGAGGCACAACAGCUGACCGAGAUAUUCUUCGCCAAGUUUGCACCCAUGCAGGCGCCAAUAAAUCGAGAUGGCCUUCAGAUCUGCCUCGAAGCGGUCUAUUCACUCCCCGAUUUCAGCUCGGCCAUGACACUAGAAGCAACGAAAAUCCUUUCCAGUGUUCCUUCUUGUUCUCUGGACGCGGCGAAAUUUCAAGUGUUCAUCAUUCUAGCAACAGCCCUGCGUAUGGUCGGCGCUCCGAUUGGAUCUAGUAACGCAGCAAGAUGUGAAGCCUUGUAUGGGCUCGCUAUGCAGCAGACCCUCUCAUCUCGUUUCUGGAACAAGGACCAAGGUGUGGAGAUGGCGCUGCUGCUUGCUGUAUUUGCUAAAGCAUGCUCUACGGGCUGA